GGCGGCAGCAGCAGCAGGCUGGGCUGCGGGAGGGACCAUGGCCGAUCCAGCGGCGGCUGCGACGGCGGGGGCGCCGUCCGGGUCCGAGGGUGAAGACGGCCCGGUGCGCUUCGCCCGCAAAGGCGCGCUCCGCCAGAAGAACGUGCACGAGGUCAAGAACCACAAGUUCACCGCCCGCUUCUUCAAGCAGCCCACCUUCUGCAGCCACUGCACCGACUUCAUCUGGGGGUUUGGCAAGCAAGGGUUCCAGUGUCAAGUCUGCUGCUUCGUCGUCCACAAGAGGUGCCAUGAAUUUGUUACCUUCACUUGCCCUGGUGCAGACAAGGGCCCUGCCUCAGAUGACCCACGGAGCAAACACAAGUUCAAAAUCCACACGUACUCCAGCCCCACCUUCUGCGACCACUGUGGAUCCUUGUUGUAUGGACUCAUCCACCAGGGGAUGAAAUGUGACACCUGCAUGAUGAACGUCCACAAACGCUGCGUGAUGAACGUACCGAGUCUCUGUGGCACAGACCACACUGAGCGCCGGGGCAGGAUACACAUCACGGCGGAAAUUGAAAACGAGGUCCUCACCGUCGUAGUACGAGACGCCAGAAAUCUGGUUCCAAUGGAUCCCAACGGCUUGUCAGACCCGUAUGUGAAACUCAAGCUCAUCCCUGACCCAAAAAGUGAAAGCAAACAGAAGACUAAAACCAUCAAAUGUUCUCUGAACCCUGAGUGGAAUGAGACCUUUAAAUUCCAGCUGAAAGAGUCUGACAAGGACAGGAGGCUAUCUGUGGAGAUCUGGGACUGGGACCUGACCAGUCGGAAUGAUUUCAUGGGGUCGCUGUCCUUUGGGAUCUCAGAGCUGCUGAAAGCUGGAGUGGAUGGCUGGUUUAAGCUGCUGAGCCAGGAGGAGGGGGAGUACGUCAACGUCCCCGUGCCCCCUGAAGGCGAAGAGGGGAAUGAAGAGCUCAGGCAGAAGUUUGAGAGAGCCAGGAUCGGCCCAGGAGCAAAGGCUGCGGAGGACAAAGCAGCCAAUGCCAUCUCCAAAUUCGACAACAACGGCAGCCGCGACCGGAUGAAACUGUCGGACUUCAAUUUCCUUAUGGUGCUGGGCAAAGGCAGCUUUGGAAAGGUGAUGCUCUCUGAAAGGAAAGGGACCGACGAGCUCUACGCUGUGAAGAUCCUCAAGAAGGACGUGGUCAUCCAAGACGACGAUGUGGAAUGCACCAUGGUGGAGAAGCGGGUGCUCGCUCUGGCCGGGAAGCCCCCGUUCCUAACACAGCUUCAUUCUUGCUUCCAAACCAUGGACCGCUUGUAUUUCGUCAUGGAGUAUGUGAACGGCGGCGAUCUCAUGUACCAGAUUCAACAGGUUGGAAGGUUUAAGGAGCCCCACGCUGUGUUCUACGCAGCUGAGAUAGCCAUUGGCCUGUUCUUCUUACAUAACAAAGGAAUCAUUUAUCGCGACCUGAAACUUGACAACGUGAUGCUGGAUUCUGAGGGGCAUAUCAAGAUUGCUGAUUUUGGCAUGUGCAAAGAGAAUAUCUGGGAUGGCGUCACCACCAAGACCUUCUGUGGCACUCCAGACUACAUUGCGCCCGAGAUAAUCGCUUACCAACCCUAUGGGAAAUCAGUGGACUGGUGGGCUUUUGGUGUCCUUCUCUAUGAAAUGCUGGCUGGGCAGGCACCAUUUGAAGGUGAAGAUGAAGACGAACUCUUCCAGUCCAUCAUGGAGCACAAUGUAGCCUAUCCAAAAUCUAUGUCCAAGGAAGCAGUGGCCAUCUGCAAAGGGCUCAUGACCAAGCAUCCAGCAAAGCGUUUGGGGUGCGGCCCUGAAGGAGAGCGCGAUAUCAGGGAGCACGCCUUUUUCCGCUACAUCGAUUGGGACAAACUUGAACGGAAAGAGAUCCAGCCUCCUUUCAAGCCCAAAGCUAAAGACAAACACGACACUUCCAACUUCGAUAAGGAGUUCACGAGGCAGCCUGUGGAACUCACACCCACCGACAAACUCUUCAUCAUGAACUUGGACCAGAACGAGUUUGCAGGAUUCUCCUACACUAACCCUGAGUUUGUCAUUAAUGUUUAGGCGACGUGGCAAAUCCUUCUGGUCCUCUGCUUUUGUAAUCACAGUCCUGAAUUCCAGAUUGCCUUGUAUAUAUGGACACGAGUCUUCCGGGGUUAAUGGUGCAUCCGUUCCGACAUCCACAUGCCCUCGUUGGAGAAGAGAGGGAUGUCUGUCUUUGGCCACUUCUCCUCUGUGUGUGCAAUAUAUGGUUUGUUCUUUGACUAGUCUGCAAAAGGAAUAGCGUUUCUAGAAUCUCUAGCUAGUUGGCUAAACUACCACUAGAGUUUUGAAACAUGUCAAAGAGUAUUGUCUCAAAAUAUCAACUUUACUACUGUCUUUGUAUUUUCAAAUGAAACUGAAAUGCCAGUGUUUUCUUGUCUUAUUUGAAUGCUAAGCAUGGUCAAUAUCCUCAGCCGUCGUGCCACAGCAUUUUGCAAUGACUGUGACCUUGUUCCCCAAGAUUCUUUCUGUUCAUUUGUUUCUGUUUAAGCCAGAACUGAACCGAGUCAACCCUGUUGAUGUGAAGACGUCUGCUUCAUAAACUUGCUUAUCUUUUGAAAUCUA